CGAGAGAGUUGAUAAUAUCCUCUCUCUCCCUCUCUCUCUCUCUCUCUGUUUUGCUCUAUCACUCGCUACGCCGUCGAAGAAGUUUGUCGGAAGAAGGGACCGGAGGAAUUGGAUUGGAGCUGCCAAGGGAGCGAGGAGGUCGAUGGAGAGUUUGCCCGUGGAGCUCUGCCUCAAGAUAUUCUGCUGCUUGGAUCACCAGGACCUCGCUGCUGCUCUCCAAGUCUGCAGGAAGUGGAAGGUCUUGGCUUCAGAUGGUGCCUUGUGGUCUAAUCUAUUCAGGGAGAGAUGGGGAGAGGAUCGGGCUAUUUCACAUGCCCCUGCCGGCUCAGAAUCAUGGAAAGAUGCGUACGAGGUGCAGGACCGACGGGACCGUGUAGGACAGGGGUUGAAGAUAAUCCGAGAAGGGGAAAACUACUACCUUGUUUGCCAAGGCAAAAUCCAGCGCUACUUGGGCUCGAGGACACAGAAGAGAAGAGUAAUGAACUGGCCAUCAAGAAAUCUGAAUGGAGAAGGCCCCACGCCAGAAGAGAUCUCGUCCCGAGGGAUUCUGGACAGGAUCAUCUUCUUCAUCGGGGACUUGGAAGUGGCCUCAUCAGAAGCCAAAGCUGCCAAACGUAGUCGGGUGCUGUAAAUGUUAGUUUGGUAUUCCUUAGGCCAUAAAAUUCGAUGCAUCACAUUUUGCGUGUUUCACAUGGAAUGCAUGGAUGUGAAAUAAUUAUGGCCUCGUGUAAAAGGGUUUGUAGAACUUAAAAUUUGUAUGUAUUCACUUUCAUUCGACAUGUGUUCCUUUUCUGUUGUCCACUGAAAAGGUAAACAGUACAAAAAGCAUUUCAUGGUCAA